AUGCAGCAGAGGCUGAAAAUGAUGGAGGAGGAACGAGAUGAAGCCGAGAAACGUGCAGAAGUAGCUGAAGCGAAGGUGGCCGAUUAUGUUGAGAAUUUUGUCAAGUACCGUGGGCAAAUGGAGGGCGAAGCAUUACGAGCGAUCACAAAUGGUUACCGAAAUGCGUUGUCUGCGAUUCCAUCAGCGAGACGAGAUGCUGACUCUAGUCUCGAUCGAUUAUUUCCCCAUAUAAGAUCGUCAAGUUGCAAUGAGAAUAACGAACCACCAGCGGAUCCAGGUGGGAAGUUAUUGACUGCUCGAACAAGGCUACCCUCACGAACGGAAACUGUGUCUGGUCGUUCAGGCUCUUCUAAUCAGAGGAAAAAGAAGUAA